CCAACCGCCGACCGACGUUGCGUCCGCCGACCCAUCUCGCAGCUCGCCGCCAACUGCCAACCCUCGACGCAUCGACUCACCUCUCUCGCCGCUCUGGCUGCCGCCUAGCCUCUCGGCCCGAGUUGCAGAUCUGGUGAGAUCUGGUGAGUGGCGACCCUCUAUUGCGCGCCCCCCCCCCCCCCCCCCCGGGGAAACCCUUCUCUUCCAAACAACCCCUUCUGCAAACCCUUCUCCCUACUCGCUCUCGAUCGGUAGCUGGGGAGGUCGCAUCUGUGGCUCUCUUGCUCUCGCUGGGUCGCUCGCCUCUCUGUAUUGCCAUUGGGAUACUUGGUUCAAUCUUUUAGUUCAAUCUUUGGUGUUGUGUUCUUGUUCUUGGCAGGCAGGCAGUGGGCAUCGCUUCAUACUCUAGAGACUAAGAGACUAGAGCUUUAGGUUGGACAUUUUUUUUGAAGCCCCCCUAAGUAAAACAUCCUAGCUCCGCCCUCAGCCCCAACGUGAUUGAAUCCAGUCAGCAUCCCCAGUCACUGUCGUGGCCGUCCCCUUAGAGUCACCUUCGUCUUUGCCGGCCCUCUCCAUCUUUCAUCUUUCCGACUUCUCGCUGGCUACCUUAAAAGUUGUUGCCUUUACUUGAAUAGGCCUAAUAUGUUCUACUUGAGUGAAAUUGAGCACACGCUGCGACUGCCUCCCAGUCUCCUCGACCUUCCUCUCCAUGAUGCAAUCAAGGGAGAGCUUGAAGGUCUCUUCUUAGACAAGGUUAUUGCAAAUCUGGGGCUUUGUAUCUCCGUCUAUGAUAUCAGGUCUAUUGAUGGUGGCUUUAUCUUUCCUGGAGAUGGCGCUUCGACCUAUACGGUCCGUUUCAGGCUGGUUAUGUUUCGUCCAUUUGUGGGAGAGGUUAUUGUCGCAAAACUUAAAGAAUCUGAUGCUAAUGGCUUACGUUUGUCACUUGGCUUUUUUGAUGAUAUCUUGAUACCUGCACAUCUAAUGCCAAAUCCAUCCCACAUAGAGCCUGAUCCAGAAAACCAGAAACAAUUGAAGUGGGUCUGGGAGUUUGAAGGUGCUAACUAUCCUAUUGAUGAAAUAGAUGAGAUUCGCUUUCGUGUUCAGAAUGUAAACUAUCCUAAAAUACCAAUUGAGCAAGAAAAACUAUCAACGCCCAUUGAGGAAGAAAAACAAUCAAAUCCAGUUAAAGAAAAACAAUCAAAACCAUUUGCUCCCAUGGUGAUAACUGGCUCACUUGAUGCAGAUGGUUUAGGCCCCGUAUCAUGGUGGUAGGGCUGCUUUGCUGACUUUAGGGUCGUGCUUUAAAAUUUUUGUGACUGUUUCAAGACGAGACGACUGCCCUAUCUAGGUACCAUCUAGUAGGUUAAGGCUUGAUAUGUUAUUUCAAGAAGAAACAAUAAUAAUCCCUCAACUUUGGCCAACAAUGGAGAGAGCACUUAGACAUUUCAAUGGAAAGUGCACUUUGUGUGCCUUAUUGCGUGUCUUUGCUAUAAAUUUGGUAGGAAUAAGGAUUUAGUAGUUUUGAAUAAGUGGCAUGUAAGUAAACUCUAUUCCUAAUUAUAAUUUUAAAAAUAGUUUUUGUAAAAUCUCUAUUCCUAAUUAUAAUUUUAAAAAUAGGUUUUUGUAAUUUUACAAUUAAAUCAUUAUGGAAUAAUUCCUUUGGGCUGUGUUUGGAAUAA